AUGCUGGGCCCACUUUCCAUCAUUUGUCUCUCCACAACCUUGUUGUGUAUUGGGGGGCUGUGCAAUGCCCAAUCUGGCAACCCUGUAAUCCAACUGCGUCUAGCGGGAGAGAAGAGGAAACAUUAUGAGGGCCGGGUGGAAGUUUUCUACAACGGCGAGUGGGGAACGGUGUGUGAUGAUGACUUCUCCAUCUACGCAGCCCAAGUGGUGUGCAGAGAGCUGGGCUUCAUGGAAGCUGUGUCCUGGUUGCCCUCAGCCAAGUUUGGAAAAGGAGACGGUCGAAUCUGGCUGGACAACGUGCACUGCACCGGUUCAGAGAAGAGCCUGGCUCUGUGCGAGUCCAAUGGCUUUGGGGUGUCUGACUGCAAACACUCAGAAGACGUCGGGGUGGUGUGCUCCCAGAAGCGCAUUCCAGGCUUCAAGUUCCUCCAAAGCCAAGUCAACAGCGUGGAGGGUCUGACGGUGCAGGUGGAGGACGUGAGGAUCAGAGCCACAUACUCUAACAGGAAAAGGGUUCCCAUCACCGAGGGCUUCGUGGAGGUGAAAGAUGGAGGCAAGUGGAGGCAGAUCUGCAGCGAGGGCUGGACACAAAUGAACAGCAGGGUCGUCUGCGGCAUGUACGGCUUCCCCGAUGAGAAAAACUUCAACGCCCGACCCUACAAACUGUUGGCCAAGCGUCGUAAGAAGAACUACUGGGGUUUCUCUGUCAACUGCUCAGGCAACGAGGCCGACCUCUCCGACUGCAAACUGGGCCGACAGAUAGAGCUGAAGGGCAACAGCACAUGCAAGAAGGGCAUGCCCACUGUGGUCAGCUGUGUACCAGGACGGGCCUUUGCUCCGAGCGUCAGCGCCGGUUUCAGAAAAGCAUACAGGGUGGAGCAACCUCUGGUGCGCCUUCGAGGUGGAGCGAUGAUCGGUGAGGGCCGAGUGGAGGUGCUGAAGAACGGCGAGUGGGGAACUGUUUGUGACGACAACUGGAACAUCAAAGCAGCCACUGUGGUGUGUCGAGAGCUGGGCUUCGGCAGCGCCAAAGAAGCCCUGACUGGUGGCAAGAUGGGCCAAGGAAUUGGGUCCGUUCACAUGAACGAGGUGGAAUGCUCUGGGUUUGAGAAGUCUCUGACUGAGUGCCACUUUAACCGCGACUCGUUGGGCUGCAGCCACGAGGAAGAUGCUGCCGUCAGGUGUAACGUUCCUAAAAUGGGCUUCAACACUCGACUUCGGUUAAGCGGCGGCCGUAACCCUUACGAGGGCCGUGUGGAGAUCCUGGCAGAGAGAAACGGCUCUCUGGUGUGGGGCUCAGUGUGCAGCGACAGCUGGGGAACCAUGGAGGCCAUGGUGGUGUGCAAACAGCUGGGACUGGGGUUUGCCAGCCAUGCUUUCCAGGAGACAUGGUACUGGCAAGGAGAUUCAUCAUCUGAUGCUGUGGUGAUGAGUGGAGUGAGAUGUUCAGGAACAGAGCUGACUCUGGAUCAGUGUCUGCAUCAUGGGAAACACGUCACCUGUCCUAAAGGGGGCGGACGCUUUGCUGCUGGAGUUUCUUGCACACAGACGGCCCCAGACCUGGUCCUGAGCGCCCAGGUUGUGGAGCAGACCACGUACCUGGAGGACAGGCCCUUGUACGCUCUGCAGUGUGCCCAGGAGGAGCGCUGCUUGUCCAGCACAGCUGACAAAGCGGACUCCAGCUCCUACCGCCGCCUCCUCCGGUUCUCCUCCCAGAUCCACAACAACGGUCUGUCAGACUUCAGACCGCGGGCGUCCCCCCACUCCUGGGUCUGGCAUGAAUGUCACAGACAUUACCACAGUAUGGAAGUUUUCACCUACUAUGACCUGCUGAGUCUGAACGGGACAAAAGUAGCAGAGGGACACAAAGCCAGUUUCUGUCUGGAGGACACCUACUGUGACGAAGGUAUACAGAAGAGGUACGAAUGUGCAAACUUCGGCUCUCAGGGCAUCACGGUGGGCUGCUGGGACACCUACAGACACGACAUCGACUGUCAGUGGAUAGACAUCACAGACCUAAAGCCUGGCGACUACAUCUUGCAGGUUGUGAUAAACCCCAACUAUGAGGUUGCAGAGUCCGAUUACACCAACAACAUAAUGAAGUGUCGCUCAAGAUAUGAUGGCCAUCGGAUAUGGACGUACAACUGUCAUAUAGGGGGCACAUUAAGUUCAGACGUAGAGGACACGUUUCCCGGACUUCUGAACAACCAGCUUUCACACAGGUAGAACCACCAAGAGGACU